GGUCGCGCACGUCAGGCAGUGCCGUUGCCUUACUUCCGCUGGUGCAGAAGCGGGGUUUCCGCGGGAUCAGGCCGGCGUCCGAGGGAUGGACCAGAAGUGGGACUUGUACAAUGUUGCCCUGUAAGAAGAGAAGAGCUACAGUGACAGAGUCUGUGCACCAGCAGGAUAGCCAGGAGGGAGAUGACUUAGACUUAGAGUCAUCUGUGAAGCCUGAAUCUGUCCAGCUUAAAGAUUUGGCGUCAGAGUCACUAUCCUGGGAUCAGCACCAUGAGAGUGCAGUGUGCCCAUGUGUGGCCUCCAGUCAUGAUGUAGAAAAUCAGCUCAGCGUGGAGGAUCCGUCUCUGCGCCCUAAGAUGCUCACCCAGCAUGGAAACCCACCUGUUUUGGAGGCUGUUGAUGGAGCCAUCGCUCAGGAAAUCGCCCUUCCUUCCUUGGAGUCUUCUCAUUCCCUGACUGUACACAUGGAUAAAGAGAGACUCCAGGCCACAGCCUCAAGGAAAGGGAAGAAAAUUGUCUUCCCGCCUGGGCUGGUUACCAGAGAAGACCAAGGGGAUCAUCCUGUCAUGGAGGAGCCUCCUUCAGGAGAGCCGGGUGAAGAAGUCAUGGCAGAAGGAGGAAAACUUGAGAUGCAUUCUGGAGGGGAGUUACCUUUUCUGUCAUCUGGCAGCCAGUCUGCAAAACCAGGAGCCCAGCCUAGGAAACCAUUCCAGCCAGAUGGUUCUGCCUUUCCUCAAGAAAAGCCACUCAGAACUGUGGUUCACCAGACUGAGGAAGAGAAGGAGGAUGGUGGACUCUUUAUUCCAAUGGAAAGACAAGAGAAUGAAGAAAGUGAUAGAAGAAAAAAAACUAAAAAGGGUACCAAGAGGAAACGAGAUGGAAAGUGUCAAGAACAAGGGACGAUGGCACAUGACCUAAACCUGGAUGACAUGCUGGAUCGUACCUUAGAGGAUGGUGCUAAGCAGCACAAUCUGACAGCAGUCAAUGUACGGAACAUCCUGCAUGAAGUAAUUACAAAUGAACAUGUUGUAGCCAUGAUGAAAGCUGCCAUCAGUGAGACAGAAGACAUGCCACUGUUUGAGCCUAAGAUGACGCGCUCUAAACUGAAGGAAGUGGUGGAGAAAGGAGUGGUAAUUCCAACCUGGAAUAUUUCACCAAUUAAGACAGCCAAUGAAAUUAAGCAGCCUCCACAGUUUGUGGAUAUUCACCUAGAAGAAGAUGACUCCUCAGAUGAAGAGUACCAGCCAGAUGAAGAAGAGGAAGAUGAGACUGCUGAAGAGAGCUUAUUGGAAAGUGAUGUUGAAAGCACUGCUUCGUCUCCACGUGGAGUGAAGAGAUCCAGACUGCGAGCGUCUUCUGAAGUGGCUGAGACAGAUGAGGAGAGUGGCAUGCUGUCAGAGGUUGAGAAAGUCACCACACCUGCUGUUAGGCACAUCAGUGCUGAAGUAGUGCCCAUGGGGCCCCCACCUCCUCCAAAGCCAAAGCAGAGCAGGGAUAGUGCUUUCAUGGAGAAGUUAAAUGCAGUAGAUGAGGAGCUGGCUUCUAGUCCUGUCUGCAUGGAUUCUUUCCAGCCCAUGGAGGAUAGUCUGAUUGCAUUCAGAACUCGGUCUAAGAUGCCCCUGAAAGAUGUUCCUCUGGGCCAACUAGAAGCUGAGCUUCAGGCUCCAGAUAUCACCCCGGACAUGUAUGACCCAAAUACAGCUGAUGAUGAGGACUGGAAGGUGUGGCUGGGGGGCCUCCUAAAUGAUGACGUGGAGAACGAGGAUGAAGCAGAUGAUGAUGAUGAUCCAGAAUAUAACUUCCUGGAAGAUCUCGAUGAACCAGACACAGAGGAUUUCCGUACUGACCGGGCAGUGAGAAUCACUAAAAAAGAAGUGAAUGGGCUGAUGGAAGAGCUAUUUGAAACUUUCCAAGAUGAAAUGGGAUUCUCCAAUAUGGAAGAAGAUGGCCCAGAGGAAGAGGAGCGUGUAUCAGAGUCUCGGCCUAACUUCAACACCCCUCAAACCCUGCGGUUUGAGGAACCAUUGGCCAACUUACUGAAUGAACGGCAUCGGACAGUGAAAGAGCUGCUUGAACAGCUGAAAAUGAAAAAAUCUGCAUGCAAAUCCCAGCCUGAAGUGGAGAGGCUUAAACUUCAGAAGGAGAUAGUCCUCCAGACCCUGAUUCUAGACCCAGCACAGAGGAGCAGGCUUCAGCAGCAGAUGCAGCAGCAUGUUCAGCUCUUGACACAAGUCUACCUUCUCACCACCUCCAACCCCAAUCUGAGCUCCGAGGCCAGCACCACCAGAGUAUUUCUGAAAGAGCUGGGAACCUUUGCAGAGAACUCCAUCGCCCUUCACCAACAGUUCAACCCCAACUUUCAGACUUUGUUCCAACCCUGUAACUGGAUGGGAGCUAUGCAGCUCAUUGAAGACUUCACACAUGUCAGUGUUGACUGCAGUCCUCAGAAAACCGCCAAGAAGACUGCCAGUGAAUUUCCCUGUUUGCCAAAGCAAGUGGCUUGGAUCCUGGCCACAAACAAGGUCUUCAUGUAUCCAGAACUCCUUCCAAUAUGUUCACUGAAGGCCAAUAAUCCUCGGGAUAAGAUCGUCUUCACCAAGGCUGAGGACAAUCUGUUAGCUUUAGGACUGAAGCACUUCGAAGGCACUGAGUUUCCUAAACCUCUAAUCAGCAAGUACCUUGUAACUUGUAAGACCGCUCACCAGCUGACGGUGAGAAUCAAGAACCUCAACCAGAACAGAGCUCCUAACAACGUGAUUAAAGUGAGUGUUUGCGUUUGCUCAAGCUCCCCUGUGCCUCCUGCAGAGGAGCACCUAGCCCUUUCUCCUCCUCCUCUCAGCUGUCACUUCCAAGUUUCCCUCCACUUAAACCCGGGGAAAAUGGCAACCUGGCCAGCUCAAUCAGAAGUCCCUCCAGGCAACAGAGUAGUUCAGAUUCCUCAUCUUAUCCAGCCAACCCCUGUCUUACAGACACUUCAAGGUUUCCCUCCAGUGGGGGUCAGCAGAGAAGAUUGUAUUGAGUCUCCUGCAGCAGCACUGCCAGCUAUGCCUUCUGGUCCUGAAGCCAGGACCAGCUUCCCCUUGUCUGAGUCUCAGUCACUACUACCUUCUUCCUCUGCACCUAAGAUAAUGCUACCCUCACUCGCUCCUUCUUCAUUUGUCUGCUUGUCUGUCUGUGCACCAACUUUAGGACUGAAGCACUUCGAAGGCACUGAGUUUCCUAAACCUCUAAUCAGCAAGUACCUUGUAACUUGUAAGACCGCUCACCAGCUGACGGUGAGAAUCAAGAACCUCAACCAGAACAGAGCUCCUAACAACGUGAUUAAAGAAACAAUGGAGAAACUGACUUGGCUGGCAUCUGAAAGGAGCAUGAGUCAGGAGGGUGAGUCUGAGGAAGAGAACUCCCAGGAGGAGAACUCUGAGCCAGAAGAAGAAGAGGAAGAGGAGGCAGAAGGGAUGGAAGCCUUGCAGAAAGAGGGUGACGUGAAUGAUGAAGCAGUUGGAGAUGCUGCUGAGAAGCAGCCUUCUACCUUGGCCUCACCCAAGACUGCUCCACAAGUGGAGACCAGCGUAACCCCAGCAGGAGAAACCAUCAAAGCUGCUGGCAGAGGCCGAAGCAAUCAUCGAGCUCGAAACAAACGAGGAAGUCGGGCUCGGGCCAGCAAGGACACCUCCAAGUUGUUGUUGCUCUAUGAUGAGGACAUUCUGGAUCGGGACCCACUUAGGGAACAGAAGGACCUGGCAUUUGCACAGGCUUACCUCACCAGGGUACGAGAAGCUCUCCAACAUGUCCCUGGCAAGUAUGAAGAUUUUCUUCAGGUCAUCUAUGAAUUUGAGUCAAGUACCCAGAGGCAUACUGCUGUUGAUCUCUACAAAAGCUUGCAAACCCUACUCCAAGACUGGCCUCAGCUCCUGAAGGACUUUGCUGCCUUCCUGCUCCCUGAGCAGGCCUUGUCCUGUGGACUAUUUGAGGAACAGCAGGCUUUUGAGAAGAGUCGCAAAUUCCUUCGGCAGCUGGAGAUAUGCUUUGCAGAGAACCCCACACACCACCAGAAGAUUAUCAAGGUGCUACAAGGCUGUGCGGACUGCCUUCCUCAGGACAUCUCAGAGCUCAAGACACAGAUGUGGCAGCUCCUCAAAGGCCACGACCACCUACAGGAUGAGUUCUCCAUCUUUUUUGAUCAUCUGCGCCCAGCAGCUAGCCGGCUGGGUGACUUUGAAGAGAUCAAUUGGACUGAAGAGAAAGAGUAUGAGUUUGACGGCUUUGAAGAAGUGAUCCUCCCUGAUGUGGAAGAGGAAGAGGAGCCUGCCAAGGUGUCCACAGCCUCAAAGAGCAAGAGGAGAAAAGAGAUUGGGGUCCAGAAUCACGAUAAGGAGACGGAAUGGCCUGAAGUGGCCAAAGACUGCUCCUGUUCGUGCCACGACGGAGGUCCCGAUUCUAAGCUGAAGAAAAGCAAGAGGAGAAAUUGUCACUGCAGCAGCAAGGUCUGUGACAGCAAAUCUUACAAGAGCAAGGAGUCCCUUGAGUUGGUGGGCAAUAGCCCCCUCCAAGAGGCUAGUUCGAUGACUGGAAAUAAGGAAGUGGGACAAGACAAGGACGUAUUGGAAGAGGAGCCCCUGGAGGAGCAGGAGAACAUUGCGGCCACCCAGAGUAGAAGCGGCAGGACCACCAGAAAGGGAGAGAUACCCAUUCCAGGGUCAACAGUAGGGAGUGCUUUGCCGUGCUCUGCAGAAGUGACUGUCGUGGAACAGCCCUUGGAGGGCCCGACACUCUGCUCACCAGAGACCCCUCGACUUCCUCCUCAGACUGGAGUUGUAUUCUCCUCUGUCAGGAGAAACCAGGUUGGACCUGAAAUUGUCUCCUGCCUUGGUACAUCCACCAUACUUCCUGAAAAGGGGGAGGACCUAAAGGCUGCUGCUAAUUCAGAGACUACUGUGCCACUCCCAGAUGUGUCAGAAACUGAGAAACUUCCAGGCUUUGUGGAGAUCCCUGCUUCUCUCCCGAGUCCUGUUUCCUCAAGGACCAGCGACACAGGAAAAAGACACAUAUGUGGGAAAGCAGGUACUCAGAGCUGGCUACUUGAGAGCAGAGUGGAGGAGGCAAAGACAAUCCAUAUGAUGACCCCUAUCUGUGGAUCUUCAUCAGGAGUUGAUUCCUCAGAGAUUACUCCCCAAGCUGUCAGGGGGGUCGUGCCUGAAGAUAGAGGAACACAAGGCAAGGGGCCAGAGGGGGCUCUGCCAAAGGUCUCAGAAGCUACAGUCUGUGCUAACAAUAGCAAGGUCAGCUCCACUGGGGAGAAGGUGGUACUAUGGACAAGGGAAGCGGACCGAGUGAUUCUCACCAUGUGCCAGGAGCAGGGGGCACAGCCUCACACCUUCAGCAUUAUCUCUCAGCAGCUGGGAAAUAAGACCCCUCUUGAGGUUUCCCACCGUUUCCGAGAGCUCAUGCAACUCUUCCACACAGCCUGUGAGGCCAGCUCUGAGGAUGAGGAUGAUGCCACCAGCACCAGUAAUACAGACCAGCUCUCUGACCAUGGGGACUUGCUGUCUGAAGAAGAGCUGGAUGAGUGAGACCCUGGGAAGGAGCGGUUUAAUCUGCCAGGGCCAGCCCAACAGCCAUCUGUACGAGGGUGGUUGAACUUCACUUAUGGAGACCUUGAGUUCCUUCUGUAGAGCUAAGGACAGGGUCAGUCUGGAGAUGGCUGUGCAGCCUGUAUCUUUCUCAGGGACCUCAGUGAAGACCUUACAAACCCAAUCUGUAAAUAGCAUUGAAGGAGAAUGGGAUUUGGCUCUUUGGUGAUCUCAGUGUUUUUAAAUGUCCAAAUGCCUAUGUCAAGUAGCAGGUCCAAACACACUGGGCUCCUGUACACGGCAGCUUUUUAUUAUAAAUUAUCUCCCCAAUACCCUUCCCUGGAACAUCAGUUUGAAAGGCUGACACCCUCCUGGUAACACUGGGCCAGGUUGUAUAAGUCCUGCAGCAGCUCCUCCAUGUCAUCCUGCUCCACUCCAGCAUCCAUGAAGCUAGCCCAGCGCCGCAGGUCAAGUCUGUUGAGCUCUUCAGCCAAGUCUCCCAGGGUCUGGUGCAAGGAUGAAGAUGAACGCAAGGCCCCAAACACGGGGAUGCUUUGCACUGCUGCAGAGGGACAGAAAAGGGAGUGGACUGGAGUCUGCUCCGGGACUCUUGUACUGAUAAGCACAUCUGGGACUUGGUAGAAUGACUGUAAAGUACAGCAGUAAAGUGUUUGUGUCCCUGGUGUGUCAGUACCCCAGGAGCUUAUAGUCGAGUAGAGGAAUGCUCAACUGUGAACAUUUUUUCUUUAGCACUUUUAAUUCAAGAAGAGAAAGAGUAAAACUGCUCCUAUGUA